AUGGAAGCCUGUGAUGAGGACCCUGCAUAUGUGGUGAGAUUCAAGACCAAGUUCAAGGAGGACCUAGCAUCCCGUCAAGAACAGCUCAACAAUGCAUGGCUCCAGACUGCUACAGUUUUGGAUCCUCGUUUCAAAGACUUGAAAUGCCUGCCCAAGACAGACAGGGAAAAGGUGUGGACCACACUUGAAGGGAUGCUGCAACAAGAAUCACCCAGAAGGUCUUCACAGACACAUGAUGAUGGGCCACCCAGGAAGAAAAUCAGCCUUCUGCAAAUGGGCUCAGAUUCAGAAUCAGAAGAUGAAGAGCGUCAUCGCUUCUCGGCCUUUUGGCUAAGAUCUCGCGGUCUGGUCGGACGGUUGGGACAGCGAUCGCCUCUUGCAGGACCGUUAGGCUCGUGUGUGGCUUGUCGCACGGGUUCUCACUCCUCAAGAGGGAAAUUGACAAGCGGCUUUUAUCGGAUUCGACUCUGUCUGCGGAGAAUCUACUCUUUUAAGGAUCGGGAACCGGUGAGUCCAGUUCCAGGCCUCACACUAGGUGAGGCCAAACAGGUUUGGAGGAACGCUUCUCACCCCGCUCUCCAGAACCGGCAUAAAGAUCUAUCGUGGAUGGUGGCUCAUGAGAUCCUCCCGGUCAGAGCGGUUAUGCACUCCAGAGGCAUGGCCAAAAACGCGAUCUGCCCUCGGUCCGGGUGCAAUUCCCCGGAGACCGUCCGACAUCUGCUCUGGGAGUGCGGCGCCGCGCGGGCCCUGUGGGCCAAGACCGGCCCCCUGUUUUUCCCGUGCCUACCAGCGGGUGGGGCCCAGUUAGGGUACCAGCUCGCCAUCCUUGGGGUGGGCCGGGGCUUGAAGGACUUAACAGCACAGGAAUUUACCUCGCUCUGGCUCACCCUCAACGUCAUCAAGGAUGCCAUCUGGGCCACCAGAAACCUGCUGGUGGGGAAGCGCGUUACGGUAACCCUCCAUGCAUGCGAGCUAAAGGUAACAACAAUGCUGCAGGGGUACCGGACGGCGAUAUUCGGACGGGGGGGCCGAGGUCGCACGGGAAGGGUCCCGGGCGCCACCGCUCCUGGCCGCCCGUAGAUGCACCCUCACCACUCUGGCUACGGGAACAGCGGGCCAGCGGGCCGGAGGAGAGGGGAUCUCCGCUGAGCCCAUAAGGCAACAACAUCUCACGCGCCUGUUCUGGAGAGCGGGGUGAAGACAGAUUGAUAAGGACUCACCCCCGGUCUUGCACAACAGAUGACUUUUAAAGUCAUUUUAUUGGUAUAUUUUAUUGUGUUUUAGAAAUUGGACUUGGUUUUUUAUUACAAAAAAUGAGAUGCUUGUUUUAAAUUGUUUUUAUUGUUGAGACACUCACACCUUUUAACACACACACACACAAAAUGGACUUUUAAAAACAAGACACACACACAUUGGUUUUAAUUGCUUGUUUUUAGCAAUUAUUGUAUUUCCUUUUAACCAUGUGUACUCAUUCUAUUUAUUACUGCUUGUUUUAAAAUGUAUGUGUUUGAGAAAAAAAUAACAAAAACAAAUGAGUGUGGAAAUGUCUAAAC